UGGUCAGUGACAUAUUUUCACUUUCUUGAUCGAUAUCAGUGAUUAAAUUGCUGAAUACAAUCAAAAUUUACGACAUGGCUGUAACAGCGGAUCAUAUCCGGAAUAAACUCAUUAAGGAGCUCGAAGCGGUGCACGUGGAGGUGGAAGAUACAUCAUCUAACAAAUGUUCUACCAGCUUCAAAGCCCUGGUUGUGUCAUCCCAGUUUGAGGGUAAACAGCUGUUACAGAGACACAGGAUGGUGAAUGCGUGUUUAGCCAAAGAGCUGGAGGUGAUUCAUGCAUUUGAACAGAAGACUCUGACACCAGAGCAGUGGGAGAAACUGAAAUCACAAUGACACAACAUACAAACACCAUUAAACACACUUCUGCUGUUAAACACACAAUCUCAUCAGAUCUGUACAAGGCAGAUCAAGCUCCCUUUCUUUUCUGUUAUUGUAAUGGAAUAUUCUAGUGGUAAUAAAACUCAUCAAUGCUGUG